CUGCCACUCUCCAACGAGCUUAUCCGCUUCCAGUGGCGCACACAAUUUUACCCUCGCCGGCGAAAAAAGAGGAGCGUCUCGCGGCGUCUUCCGGUUCGAUACGAUUCGGCAUCGCGCCGCGCCGCUUCCGUCGCUCGACUCGCGCGAGAAUGUGCUGCAACGGUACCAGCUGAUAAGAUACUUAACGGAGCACCGCGAUCGGGAACCGGAGCAGACAGGGUCGUUGCAAUCGUUCGGAUGGAAAUAAUCGGAUUCGAGGAAUAAACUCACGGUGCAGGAUCGCUGCGACGGCAACGAACGAGCGACGGCCGACAGAAAACAGUAAAAAAGAACGUUAAAGACGUCGACGGAGUCGCUGGUAUUCCCCGACGAGUUUCCAGCUGAUUAACUGAACACUCAGAAUGCGUAGGUGGCAGAGGCGGUUCGAGUCGAGAUGCUGAAGGAAGUCGGCUGUGGUAGCAGCACACCCCCUCCAGGGGAUGGUGCGAUCAGCAAUCGGCAGAUUGCCACCGGUGACAACAACAACAGCGACGGAAGUCUUGGCUGCGGUGGUUGCGGCAGAGAGAUAGCCGAAAGAUGGUACUUAAGGGCCGCGGAUCGUGCGUGGCAUUGUGGUUGCUUACGUUGCUGCCACUGUCGGGUACCAUUGGCUGCCGAGUUGACCUGUUUCGCCAGGGAUGGCAACAUCUACUGCAAAGAGGAUUAUUAUAGGUUGUUCGCCGUGUCGCGAUGUUCUCGAUGCCGGGCCGGAAUUUCCGCCUCGGAGCUGGUGAUGCGUGCUAGGGAUCUGGUCUACCAUGUGGCCUGUUUCACGUGCGCCUCCUGUGGCACCCCAUUGAACAAGGGCGACCAUUUCGGGCAGAGGGACGGUCUGGUCUACUGUAGACCCCACUAUGAGUUGCUGUGCUGCGCGGGUGAUUAUGGGAGCGCAGCCAGCAACAUCGAGGACAUCGGAUCCCCGGGGGUGUCGCCGCUUCCGGCUUAUUACAGCGCCGCGGAGCAGAGCCCUAUCGCAUCUUCCGCUACGGUGCAGAAGGGUCGACCCAGAAAGCGGAAGCUAUCGGAGGUCACCGGUUCCGAAUUACCCGUCACGAUGAGGCUCGCUGCUGGUGCUCUUGGGUACUUUGUUUCAGAACUCCUUCAUCCUACCGAACUGUCUUCGUCCAUGGAAUCGUUGGCAGCGUACGAAGCGUCUGUUGGUUCACCAGGGCCUGUGCAUCAGAGCCAACGAACGAAGCGUAUGAGAACGAGCUUCAAGCACCAUCAGUUGCGAACGAUGAAGAAUUAUUUUGCUAUAAAUCAGAAUCCCGACGCGAAGGACCUCAAGCAACUGGCGCAGAAGACGGGACUCUCGAAGAGGGUGCUUCAGGUGUGGUUCCAAAACGCUCGCGCGAAAUGGCGACGGAACAUGAUGAGGCAGGAGGGUAACACGACGAGUAGCAACGUAGGGUGUCCAGGUACACCUGUACCGUCGAACACGGCUGGUUCACCAAACGUGGGACCAGCGGCUAGCAUCCUAGGGGACAGCAACAGUAUGCCGUCGACCUCGAUGGAGGAGCUGCACGCUCUUCACCACCUACAUUCCGGCGUUUCCUCUCAGGUCUCCUUCUCCGAUCUUUACUGACGACGGCUUGAGAUGGAGGAAGACAGCUACAGCAGCCUUUCCAGCCAUCUUGCAUGAAGGAUCACCCGUGUCCUUCUUUGGGAUCGACAUUCGACGCGCUGUCCUUCAGGGAAGAUCCUGCUCUCCUAGGAUCCGUUUGUUUCUCUUUUGUUUCUGAUCAUCUUCCUUCGCGUUUCCUACGUUGAUCGUUCGAGAACACCCGAUCCAGCUUCUGUCUCGCGUUUUCCUUUCGCGUUGCAUUCAGAGCGGUUCCUCUCUUGGACAGCGCGUAGAAGAUACUCGUAGAGCGUCCGAUCAUCUUCCUGGUGAGUAAUCAACUGAUUCAUGACCGAUGAAUCAGGGUGAAACUUUGCGUUUUUAUCCUUCUUCGAAUAGAUCGUUCCAGGAGGCUAUUAUUUUGUUUAAACAGCAUUUCAUGUUUAAUUGAAAGAUUUCGAAGGCCACUGGUAAUUCGAAGAAGGGUUCAUCUCGUAAGAUACUUAAUGCAAGGUUGAAAUUGGAAAAUGAAACAGUCAAGAUUUGAAUUAUUAUAAUUGUAGGCUGUUUUCAUCGCGUUAUUUAAUAUGUCAAAUAGCAUUUCACCGAAUUGCUGGAAAUAAAUUUAUUCCGAGAUAAAAAGGAAUACGGGAGGCGAGAAAAUACUCAGCAGGAAGUACAUCUCGAGGCUCUAAAUCUCUACGACCAGGCGUAAGCCAGUAAGACAGCGUUUCAGCUGCGACGGAUUAUGUUUAAGCGAUCGGUGAUAAUAAUCAUAGUUCCAUGCACAUCCGAAUUACCAAAGGUACUAGGCGAUAGUUUGUCUCGUUAGCGAGACCGCGAGCCCGUUUGCCGUGCGGACCAACGAGAGGAAACAAUUGAUUUCCUUCUGUAACGCGAUAUGGCCAAAUGUAACAACGUCUGAGCGAUUUGAACGGAGGAAAAUUCAUUUCCACGAAAGUUACCAGGCGGUAACAGAACAUUUGCCAUGCGGCAACGAGCUCGCGAGCUGCUUCGCUCCUCCUCUUUAGUCGAGAUCGAGUUACGAAGACAUUUUUUGAUAACGCGAGUAGCGAUAUACAGACUAGAAAAUGGCGAACGAACGAUUGCGACAGGUGUGUGGUAAAACGGCGUUCCUCUCCUCGUGCCAAAAACGUACGUACAUACGUAGCUAAGAUGCGAGUUUCCUUUCUUUUCUUUCUUUCUACGAUGCCUAGCGAAUCCAAAGUCAAUGACUAUAUUUUUACUUACGAACAAUUUUCUUAUCCUACAAUCGACUCGUUGCUAAUUUAUAAACAUGAAUUUCAUUUUCCAACGCUUGUUAUUGGGUUUAACAGCACGAUCUUUGGAUUCGAUCGGCAUAGAAUACGCAUAUUCGACCACUGACGGACACAAAAAGUGUAUAUCAGCGAAAGAACACGCAGAACUCUUAACGAUGCAUGACAGGGGCGGAUCCAGAAGUUUUGCUUAGAACAAGUAAAACAAGUCGAAAUUUUAGUAGCGAUUAUUUGACUAUAUCCGAAGAAAAGUACCUCGAUAAAAACAGAAAUUAAUUUUCUGAAUUAAGAGAAGGCCCGGUCCCCAUCGUCGCCUCUUUCUGGAUCUACCUUUGGUGCUUGAAACGAUUUCUUAAGAACGAAACGAUGUGUAUCAAAGUGAUGGACAGCGAAUCGAACGAAACGAACACGAUCAAUCUGCUUUCUAAUUGCGACACGUUCUUUGUGCGCGCGAUAGGAAACGAGGAUUCCUACGAUGAAAAGAAGAAAUUUAUUUGUAACGAACGAGAACCUAUAAUUUUUUAUAUACGUCGUAUUUAGAAAUGAAUAUUUAUUCGCGAUGAGACAGGUUCGAAUAGAUCGUUCACCCUUUCCGCGAUGGAAUUCCGUGUACACCGUGAAAUUCCUAUCAGCCCGGCGAACAGAUCCGAGAUUUCGUCAAUUAAAGAACAGAGCAAGAGUUUUUCGUACUUCUUUCCACGUUUUGCGACACGACACCCCGAGAAAACAGCCACGACGACGACGAUCGAGUCGAUAGUUGAAAAUAGUCAGCAUUUAGUCGGCGAGUGGCGAAACAGUCGCGUGUUAGGCAUGUGUAGCAUAGCGAUGAUUCAAUGUACGUCAGCGUCUUAAGAAUAAUAAAGCGAUUAAAAAACAAAGGAGUGAACCAAUUAUGUAAAACUGUAUAGAUAAAAAUUAAUGUGCUGCAUUCGAAGUGCGACUAUUAUCGUAUAAUAAAUAGUUACGUACAUCUGGA